CUCGAAACUAAAAGUUAUAACUCAGAUAUAAUCACAGAUUUCCCGCGGAGCUGCUUCGUUCAUGAUGUACCGUUCUUACAAGAACAGUUUCAUGGCUACUCAUCUCCCUCACGUCGUAUUGGCGUUGUUGGUCCUGACACAGCAGACAUGGUGUAUACCACCUACGUCUUCGGAAGAAACUUACAGAGGGCUGUUAACGACAUGGCACCGUAAGUAGAUGACUUAUUCAGGGUUAAAACGUAAUGUGUUCCCACAGAGGUUCUAUGAGGAAUUAUUGUGGAAAGUCUAAGUAUCGACCAAGAGUGCCAGGGAGUGAUGGCACGCACAAGUGACCUGACACAAGACACACAUAACCACGCCAGGCGUACGCACUUGACACAUCACACGAACAUGCUUGAUGCUGCACACGACCAUUCAAACAACAAAACAUCAGAAAAAUGAAAAUAAAAAAUACCGACUCUCUCUUAAUUCUACUGAUGAAAUUGUUGGCAGUUUCAACGGUGACCAUGAACUAUAUUAUUGGUGAAUCAGGUCAUAUCAACUGAGAAAAUAGCUACACGAUGCCAUGUCCAUGAUUUUUUGUUUCAAGGACUGAAGUUGUCCAAUGUUUUUGAGAUUUAUCUUCGUGCUGAAAUAUAAUUAUGCAAAAGUUUUAUUUCAUUUUAUUUCAUUUUAUAUCCAAAGGCUACAUUGGUCGAAAAACGAUUUGAGAUCGUUCUUAUUAUUUGAAAAAAUUCUCUCGGUUGACAAAUCGCGGAGUUAUAGAAAAUAAUCGCAUAGGUUUUGAUUUUUGAAAAUGCUUUUGAAUUCGCAAUAUCCAAAGCUGGAGGGAUAUUUCAUCCUGAUGUAAGUCAAGCAAAGUGUUUCACUUUCUAUACCAUGUGAGUUUGUGAGGUAGAAAUUACAGAAUCAUUUGUUAUUCUAAGGCCGACCACAUUGCUGAUAAUGGAAAGAGGCCCUGAAAAGGUGUAAAUGAUCUAUCGUUGUUGUAAGCUUCGGGUAAAUGUAACAAAGUAAAUGUCACCCGAACAUAGGGCCAGUUUUAUUUUGGGUACAUUACAGAUAGCCUUAUUAAUAUUGAAAAAUACUUAUAUGAAAAGCGUGACAUAAGAAAACAAAACUGAAACAAUACAGAAAUUUGUGCAUAUUUUUAUUGGUAAAAUUAUAUAUGUGACAGUCCACAAAUCCAAAAGGAAACUAUGAACUUACAGUAAAUAACAAAGUAUGAUGUUCAGUGAAAGUGAAAUUUUCUUGUUUAGACAAAGAGCAUAAAUCAGUGUUCUCUCCAAGCCAAGGCCCUCCCCCUGAGUGCUAUUUGAAGUACUUCCUGCACCAGUCACCCCCACAGGGGCUUCUCAUCGACCAUCCUGACGCGGAAGUUUAUGUUUGCCAGUCGAUCCCAAAAUCCCCUGACACGUACUUCUUCGCAACUUUGUUCGACGAUAAAGCAGGCAUUGCCAUUUUGUCCGCGUACACCGUCACCUACGAACAGGCGCGUCACAUGGGUAUGUUUCCAAGAGAAAAUGUUUCAAAUAGCUGGCGAACAAAUAAAGGUAAGCUCAGCGAAUACUCGUUAGAAGAUUUAUUAAUGUUUUCAUACCUUUCAUUCCUACAACCCCAUUCAAAUAUUUUGUGGACAGACUUAGAAUAUCCUCCAAUAAUGUAUUUUCUCAAUUCCUCAGCAUAAAACUGGAGCUAGAUGUAACCGAGGAAGGAUUAAAAUGAGUUAGACGCCCACCUCGUGCAUAAGCCACGCGUAUUGGUUUUGCGCGCGUUUUCUUUUUCCCAUUUCCUCUGUUUUCGAACUCAGGAUGCAUGUCCUGUUUAUGCCGAAACGAUAUCAUUUCGAUAGAAAUCGACUGUAAUCAAAGGUAAUUUAAUAUUAUCAACUGAAUUGAUAACGUAAAUUGGCCACCGUAAAUAGUUUAAAAGCUGACGUUUCAAGCGUUGGCCCUUCGUCAGAGCGACUGGAGGAAUUGUGGGUUAUGUGUGUUUAUAUGCAGAAAAUGGAGGUACCCUAUUGGUGGGAACAUGGUGACGAGAAACAAGACUAAAUUAGUUGAAUGGAAAGCACUGGUUUAUAACGGGGGGAUUAAGAGUGCCGAUUUGAAAAAUAAAUUUUUUGUUCUAGAAUUUUGUGGCUUUCCAAAAUGCCUAGAUGUAGGGAAAGGCCGCAAACUGCCCUGUACUGCUUAGAAUGGUUAGGGAGAUCGAAGUGUCUAGCGACUGGUUUAGUUGCGUCUUUGUUAUUUUUUUCUACAUCGCGAGGGUCAUCUACAUCGGUCACCUAGUCGUCUUCCUGUUUCACCGAUGUAUUAAUUUUUGCAAUAACUGCAAGUUAUGCAAGAGAUGACAUUGGCGGAGGUGAGUCAUCAGUGAUCUUAAUGGAUCCUCCAAUCGCUCUAACAAAGGGCUGACACUCGAAACGUCACCUUUUAAACUCAUUAUGGUGGCUAAUUUACGUUAUCAACUCAGUUGAUAAUAUUAGGUUACCUUGUUAUACUCUCCCUCCGACGUAGCACCAUAGUUUCUUUAGAAACUUACCUCCUUUAUUCAUCGGUAACCAAAGGAACCGACCUCGCACGCGGUAAUCAACGGCAGCCACCUCGCGUGCUGGAAACGCGUAUUGGUUUCGCGUUAAGAGUGAAUAAUCUCCAAGAGAGUAUGAAAUAAUAUCUUGUUUCGCGCCCGUCGUCUCUUCCAAUUUCAUACCAUUUUCGCUUAAUGUCCCGUUUACUCCGAGACAAUAUCAUUUCAAAAGAAAUGGACGGUUAACGACGUCAUCUGCACUUAACGUCAGAUAGAGGCAAAUGUUAGUUGAGUCCAAUUCUAACCAGACCUGAUGUUUCGUCUUAAUUGUAGAACUAACCCAUCAGGGCACUAACGAAAUGUAUCACGGCCACGGCAGGGGAAAACAGGGGUUUGACAAAGGACACCUUAAUCCAGCUUACAUUAACUCAUUUGACAAAAAGCACGUGUUGGCCACGUUUACUUACAGUAACGCAGUUCCACAAUACGGUCACUUUAACCGCGGCCCCUGGAGAACAUUUGAAAGCAAAAUUGUGAAGUACGUCACGACGCAAUGCAAUAAAUCAUCAGCUGUGAUGUAUUUAAUGACUGGCUCGUCGAAGUUCCGAUUACAAGUUGGUACAGAAAAACCAGUCCACGACAAGGGCCAGAUCAAGGUAUGCUAUUUUGUCGACAUGACUUUGAUUUUGAGUUGUCUGAUAUACAAAUUUGAGGUCUCUUAGAUUUGAAAUUAAUUUAAUGGAACUCAAUCCGACUGAAGUUAUAAUAUACUUUAUGGGGACUCUCAAUUUUCAAAUGCGCACCACCAUAUGUUUAGGAGACCCACAGAGAUGCUACUGGUUUUAGCAAAACGAUGAUUUUCAAUGUGAACGCAUUUAGCGAAUAGUUUCCUCUGGCCCUUUACACCCCAUCUACCGAUCUUUGAUGAGUUAAUAGUCCAUUUUAGACGAAUUCGUCAAAUCAAGUCGCCUUCUUUAAAAAAGUGAACGAGGGGGGGAGGGGAGGGGAGGGAGCAAGAAAGGAAGAGUUAGUUCCAGCUUUCGUCUUCAUGCAGUCGUGGAGUCGUUUAAAAGCUGAAUAUCCAAAGCGCGACCCCGCUCAAGUUCUGAGUCUGUUUUUGAUUGAUCAGUUAAAGGAAACUUCCACCCCCUGAAUUUUGUUUUGUUUGGUUUUUUUUCCUUCUCAGAUUCAUUAUUUCCCCGGCCCCGGCUCCAACGGGUCGAUUGUGCGCCCCAAUUCCAUGUGGACAGCAGGAUGCUGUGUUUGGGAAGACGAGAACCACAAAGAAAUGGCCCAGUCCAUCGCAGUCAUGGGAAACAAUGACUUUAAAGACGAAAACAUCGCCAUAAAGUCGAUGACAUUGGUGGAACUCGAGAAAAUGUUGGUUUACGACGGAGAUGAGCCUGUCUCUCUUUUUCCUGCCGUCAAAGAAUGCAGAAUCAACAGCUAUAAAUUCAUCGUUUAA